AUGGGGAAGAAACAGGCGCAAGGACUGGGGCGCUCCCUCCGUGGCGGCGGCCGCCGGGCGGGCGAGGCGGGAUGGCGCCACACGAGCGAGCUGAGCGAGCAGGGCCGCGCCCCCCCGCCGCAGUCGGUGACGGAGCAGAGCCCGCUGGAGGCCUUCCUGGCGGCGGCGGAGCUGGCGGGCGCCGCGUUCGCCGCAGAGAAGCUGAACGCGCGCCUGGCCCCCGGCCGCGGGGCUGCGGAGGAGGAAGCCGGCCGGCCGCAGGAGGAGGAGAAGCGGGUCCUGCGCAUCCCGAGAAGGCCGCCAUGGGACGAACAAACAAGCCCUGCAGCAUUGAACCAGGCCGAAAGAGACAGCUUCCUGAGGUGGAGGAGGCAGCUUGCUUGGCUGGAGGAAGAGGAGAACCUCCUGCUGACCCCGUUCGAGCGAAAUUUGGAUUUCUGGCGUCAGCUCUGGCGGGUCCUGGAGAGAAGCGAUGUUGUGGUUCAGAUCGUGGAUGCCAGGAACCCGCUCCUGUUCAGAUGCCCAGAUCUGGAACGCUACGCCAAGGAAAUCAGCCCGGAGAAGGAGAACCUCCUCCUCCUCAACAAAGCGGACCUGCUGGGGGAGGAGCAGCGCUCGGCCUGGGCCCGGUUCUUUGAGCGGGAAGGAGCCCACGUGGUCUUCUGGUCGGCCUUGGCAGAGGGGAACCGGCUGGGGGCCAGCCCCAAGGAGCUGGAAACCGUGGAAGCGGCCAGGUUCAGCCUGAAGGAGGAGCAGAGCGCCCAGGGAGGGAGCCCCUCCGGCACCCAGCAGGAGAGCGACACAGAGGAGGAAGCUGGUGAUGUGUACGAGGACUGCGAGGAGGAGGAGGAGGAGGAGGAGGAAGCCUGGCUGACCUGCUCUGAAGAUGGGGAGCAAGAGAGCCCCCGUGUGCCUGUGGGGAGAGGCAGGGCUGAGCUCUCACAACUGGCCCCGCCCGUCAGAAACAGCAGCCGCCUGGUGCAAAGGGAGGAGCUCCUGGAGAUAUUCAGAGCCGUCCACGCUGGGAGGAGGAAGGUCAGAGAGGGAGAGCUGACCGUUGGCUUGGUGGGCUACCCCAACGUUGGGAAGAGCUCGACCAUCAACACCCUCCUUGGGAAGAAGAAGGUGUCUGUCUCCACCACGCCGGGACGCACGAAGCACUUCCAGACGCUGUUCGUGGAGCCCUCCCUUUGCCUCUGUGACUGCCCUGGCCUGGUGAUGCCCUCCUUCGUCUCCACCAAAGCCGAGAUGGUUUGCAGCGGCAUCCUGCCCAUCGACCAGCUGCGCGACCACGUGCCCCCCGUCAGCCUCAUCUGCCAACGGAUCCCUCGGCCAGUCUUGGAGGCCACCUAUGGGAUCAGCAUCCUCCGGCCACGUGAGGACGAAGACCCUGACCGGACACCCACCCCAGAGGAGCUGCUCUCGGCCCUGGGCUGCAUGAGGGGCUUCAUGACGGACCAUGGGCAGCCAGACCAGCCGCGCUCGGCCCGCCUGGUGCUGAAGGACUAUGUCAAGGGCAAGCUGCUCUACUGCCACCCGCCUCCGGGCACGGAUGCCGAGCUCUUCCAGCGGGGGCUCCAGCGGCUUCGUCCCAGCAAAGCAGCAGCAGCAGCAACACAGCGUAAUGGGGAGCAGCCGCCUGGCAGGGGCGCCAAGGCAAAGCAGGUGGAGAACCCGGUGGAUGCGGCCUUCUUCCGCCAGGAGAAUGUCCAGGCCCUGACCAGAGGCAACCGGGCCGGGCUGGGCUACCCAGCAGGGGUGGCUGCCCACUCCCCUUCUGGGCCUGGCUUGGCCGAUGGAGCCGGGAAGCCGUGGAAGAGACACGGGAACAGGAACAAGAAGCAGAAGCUGCGCCGCCUCACCAGGCACCUGGAGGCCUGAGGGGGGGGAGGGGGGAGCUCAGCGGGGGCCCUCCGAAAUAAAGGAGGUUUCUUCAUGGCGUCUCCUGGUCACUUGGGCUUCGUCGUCUCCUGAAUCAUCCCUCACGGACAGAGAUGGACACCGAUUGGCUGCCGGGGCUGGCUGGCUCUGCCCGAGGGGGGGGGGGGGGGGGGGGGAUGGUUUUUUUAUGGGGUUUUUAAUUAUUAUUAUGAGCUGGAUAUAUAAACGUCAUCAGCUGCCAGGAGUCGCCUCCGAUCUGUGAUGUAACUUGGCUAAGUAAGACAAAGGCAGCACUGAGAGCUGCCU